AUGUCUGAUGAUAUUCAAUUUACUCCAAAUAUUGUCUAUGGAAUCUCACCAACUCUACCACGGCUGAAUAUUGCUAUUACGUCGACUGUUGGAGUUUCCAAGGGUUACAUCCAAAUGUGCGGAACGGAAUUUGAUUUUGGUCCAGAUGCUGUUACCUCGGACUCGCUCAAUUCCUAUGUUAAUCUUUGCAUCUCCAUUCCAACCACUGUAAUGAAAGCUUGUAAAGACACUGGUCAAACUGCUGCCUCUAGUUUGGUCACAAUGAUCCGGCUUCAAAAUGAUUUGUUUGUAUCGAGUACAAUCGUUCCAAAGACAUCGUUGGGAUCCACUUUUGUUUAUGAUACAACAGCCCCUGUAAUUUCCAAUGUAACCGUUUCAUCAUCGACCGACACUAUCUAUGUAAAAUUCAAAGCCAAAGAUGCAUCCAGUGAUGUUGACUAUUGUUAUGUCAACUUAAUGAAUGGAAAUGGUGCUUUCAUAUUUUAUGCCGAAUCGAUGCCAUCAUCUGAUCAAUUUUAUUCAGCCUCCAACAGUCCAAGUUACCCAUCUACCACCUUUUAUGUGACUUCAGUGACUUGUGCCGAUAUCUAUUCUAACUUGGCAACCUAUUCUUUAAGUCAAAAAGUUGUAAUCAAUUUACCUGGACCUACGGUUGGAACAUUCAAUGAAUCAUCGAUUAGUUAUAGUUUUUCACCAAAUACUAUCACUGGAUCCAAUGUCACCAAACAAAACACCAUUAAAUACACAGUCACCUAUCAACAACCAACCAAACCAUUCCUAACAUUCACUGCUUUAAUGGCAGGAAAUCCAUGUAAUAUCAUAUACACUUCUAAAACCACGUUCAAUAUUUAUUGUAUCAUCGAUCCAUACACAAUAUCCGGUAGUUAUUUCCCAUCGAUUAGUUAUUCAUUUGUUGGAUUGAAUGGUCAAAUCGGUCUUUCUACCAAUGGUACAGUUCAAAUUACCAAUGAUUAUGUUGCCAACUACCAAAUCAACCAGUUGUCAUUCAACGUCGCCAAUUGGUUGGGUAAACCACCCGUUACCAUUCAAAUGAAUAUGACAUUCAUAGGUGGUGGUGUACCAAUUUCAGAAGUUAAACUAAGUACUCUAUUGACAAUGAAUCAAGAGAAUUUAGUUGAAGGUACACUCUCUGCUGGUACGCUUAGUACAUUGUUUGUUUUCGAUCCGAGUCUUGGAUAUUCAUUGAAUACGACCAACUUUAAUUUCAAAUCACCAUCAAACACUCAGGUUGUUUCAAAAAAUGGAAUCUUGACUGCUUCAUCUGGAGUCUACCCAGUACCCAUCUUUAAAAAUGUCUAUCCAUUCACCAAUGGUUUGGAUUUAACAGAUCCAUUCCCACAACCAUACUAUGGUAUCUAUUCUACCUACCAAACCGAUAGUACCUAUAUAACCACUCCAAGUAUUGCAGAUUUCAUUGAUUUUACACCAUUCUCUAUGAAUUCAAAAUCAUUGGUUUCCGGUUUCAUCAACAAUGGACAAUAUCAAACAACUAUUGAUCCAAAAACAAUUAAUUCAAUUUCAUCAUUAUGGGGUGUAAAUUAUUUAUCUGGAAGUUAUAAUCUUAAUUUUAGAACAAGUAAUGGUUGGACCAGUAUAUCAAAUACAAUGUAUUCUUCAUGUAUUCAAAUUCAAAUUCCAAAAAGAUAUAUACCAACAGUUUCAUUAUUUGAUUAUAAUCCAAAGAUUUUGGAAUCAUCAACUGCAAUGCAAAUUGUUAUUUUCAGUUUUAUUUUGGAAAAGAAUUUGGAUGUUGGUAUUUUCGAUCAAGUUUUUAUUAAAUUCUCAAAGGAUAGCUAUCAAAAUCAAAUCGCUACACCAUGUGUUGUUUAUACUGAUGUUGGUAAUUCUGCUUCCUAUAGAUGUAAUAAAUUGGUUCCUCCAGGUACAAAUACCAAUGACUAUACUAUAUCGAUUAUAGUAUCUUAUAUUAAUGGAUUCAGUCAUACCAUUCCAACAUCCUAUUUAAUUGUCAAUUCUUUCCCAGCUACCAUUAGAUUUAUUGGUCAGAAUCCAAUGGAUAACUUUAUACAACCAACUAUUAGUAAACUAUCGAUCGAUUCACAAAAGAAAAUAUUAUCAUUCAAAAUUGAAGCACAAUCUUCAUAUUUAACUUUUGUUGGUAUUACAAUUCAAAAUGGUUACAUGUCAACAGCAAAACCAUUUUCCUUGUAUUCCUAUAGUUCUUGGGAGAAUCCAUCACAAAUAGUUCAAUCAAAUGUUAGUUUGGAUAUGGUCUGCAAUCAACAAUCUCUUAAAUCACUGCAAUCACCAGUUGUAACUUUGACUAUCAAAGAUUUCAAUGGUCAAAUCUAUUCCUAUUCCAAUACACAAAUUAAAGAACUAUUCCCAACUUUCAAUAUCGAUCCAAUCGUUUGUACAGAUGCAUUCCCACCAAGAGUUGAUACAUUUACAAUCAUUAAUAAUAGUAAUGAGAAUGUAACUGCUUUUACAUUUGAAAUUAGAAUAACAGAUAAUUUGGUUGGAUUUAAAAAUAUGACUAUUCAAUUGUCAUCAAAUAGUGUACUGGUUGAAAAAUAUUUAGUAAAUUCAACUCAUAGGAUAUCUGGAGAUGAAAAUAAUGGAUUAUAUAGAUUGUCGCUACAAUUCCCAUUACAAUCACAAACAGUAUUACAAAUAACUAUACCACAUCUCUAUGAUAAUCAUGAAAAUGAUAGACCAUACUUGGAACAAGAUAUGAUAUUAUUGCAAGCAUCGGAAUUGUCACUACUCUCAGUUUCAUUGAUUACUCCACCGGAAUUGGUUAGUUCAUCAUCACCCAAUGUUAUACUUGGUGGUGCAUGGAUUUUAAUUGCCAAUAUCACUGGUGAUGUUUAUCGAGUUGUGGUUGAUGUAACAGAUUAUAAUGGUGUCAUUCGAAAGGAAAUGGUGUAUAGCCAAUCAAGUGGAAUAUUUUCAUUAUCAUACUAUCCAAUUUAUGUUGGAAAACAUUAUUAUUCAAUUAUGGCAAUUGGAAAAGAUUUGAUUACCUAUACAUUGACUGGUACCAAUUCGAAUCUACCAUCGUUUACUGUAACUUCCAAUGGAUUUACCAAUUCUCUACCAAUAUUUGCUCAGCUAAAGAGUGAUAUUUCCAAUACCUAUCUACCCAAGGCAACGAUUACUAUGUUUUAUUUCUUCCCAACGGUUGGUCACAAGUUGAGAUGUGCGUUAAUUGAUUCAAAUAAUCAGAUUAUCAAUGGAAGUUAUGUUGUUCCGACCACUACGAUAAAUAGCUAUACUUGUACGGUUCCACUGGCUCAUGUGUAUGGUGGACUUCAAGCUUUCUAUUGGUCUCUCUAUUUCGAACACAGUGGUACUGGAAGAUCGGUAUUUUUGAACAAAUUAGAUUUACCAGUUUUGGGAAUGAUUUCAGUUCAAAGUUUUGAUUUUAAUAAUCCAACAACUACAACUACAACAACCGGUUCAUCUAUAACAACACAAUCAUCUACAACAUCAACAGCAACAGCAACAACUACACAAUCAUCUACAACGGGUGUACCAAUUAAUGAUUCAAAUUUAUUGGUUUCGAGAGGAUUUUCAAAUUGUUUUUGUUGUUGUAAUUUGUAUUGUUUUAUUAAAUUAAUUUAA